AUGGCUUCCAAACUCACUAUGCAGACCGCAUAUAAAAUGAACUCGGGAUAUGAGAUCCCGGCCGUUGGUUUUGGGGUAAGCGAAAGUCCGCCAGCUCCGGCCGUUACCGAGAAAGUAACAUUGAAAGCUCUAGAGGCAGGAUAUAGACACAUUGACUCUGCCAGAGCCUAUAAAAAUGAAGCAGAAUGUGCAGAAGCCAUUCGAAAGUCCAAGCUGAAGCGGGAAGAUAUAUUUUUCACCACGAAGGUCCCAUGGAGAGCAUUAGGGUACGACACAACGAAGCAAUCCAUCGAGGAGAGUCUGAAGACCGCAAAAAUGGACUACUAUGACUUAAUCCUCCUUCAUGCCCCGUACGGAGGACGAGAGGCCCGUGAAGGUUCCUGGCGUGCCCUGGUUGAGGCUCAAAAAGCAGGAAAAGUUCGCUCAAUCGGUGUCUCUAAUUAUGGUGUUCACCAUCUCGAUGAAUUAGAAGACUAUAACAAGUCUAUCGGAGGCAAAAUAGACGUUGGACAAUACGAAAUCCACCCAUGGCUCCCAAGGAGGGACAUUGUCGAAUGGCUUCGAAAGCGUAAUGUGGUUGUUGAAGCAUACAGUCCUCUUGUACAGGCGACGAAGAUGGAUGAUCCAAUUUUGCAAGAAUUAGCCAAGAAGCACAACAAAAGUCCUGCUCAAGUUCUUGUUAGGUGGAGCUUGCAAAAGGGCUAUGUUCCCCUCCCAAAGUCUGCAACAGAGUCGCGGAUAGUAGAGAACGCUGAUGUUUUCGAUUUCGAGCUCUCUGAACAAGAUAUGCAGUCCCUUGAAACUGAUGAAUAUCAAAACGUUUGUUGGGAUCCCACUACCCACAAGGAUGGGGAGCCAAUUGGCAUGUAA